AUGACUGCUGUCCGCGAGCAACUUCUCAAAUCCAUGGAUUCGGUUCAUCUUGGAGUAACUCAAGAAGACAAACAAGCUGGCGUCGACUUUUACAAACAGUAGGUUUUGAUACAGUAAUAGAUUUAAAUGCAUAGACUUGAAAAUUAAAGUAUUUUGAAACUAUAAAAAUUUUUGAUUUUCUAUAUUACAAUAAUACAAAAAAUUUUAUAAAAAUUACUGCUUAAAAAAGCUUUUUGUAAUAACUUCUAGCUAAACUUAAUUAUCCUACUUAACCCUGUGUCCUCAAAUGUCAUUUUUAAAACUUCUAGCCUCUUCACCACCGCUCCCCAAGUGCGCCAGUACUUUAAAGGCGCCGAAAGUUACUCGGCCGACGAUGUUCAAGCCAGUGAACGUUUCCACAAACUUGGUCGUCGCCUCAUUUUGUCUCUCCAUUUCAUUGCUUCUAACGCUGACCAUCCAGAAACCAUCAAAGCCUACGCCAGAGAACAAGCCAUCUUCCACCACCCCUUCAAAAUGGACCCCGCCCUGUGGUCGGCCUUCCUCAGCAUCUGGCUCGACUUUCUGACCCAAAAAGGAUCGGCCGAUCAAGCUACGAAGGAUGCUUGGAACAAUACUUGGCCUAUUUAUGCUAAUGAAUUGGUGGCUUAUGACAAAACUCUCUAA